AUGGCGCCGAAUUUGGACAUUUUUAUGACUACUUUCCCAUAUGUUGGAAAAUUUUUCCUCGCGGAGGAGUACUUUUUUAUGGUUCUCGCUGCGGAUCUUCGCAACAAGAUUCUCCCUUUUGCACCCAAACCAGGAUAUUUUGUUUUUUCUCGGACGCCGGGGUCAACACCACCCAAAGCGACUGCCCAACGGAUGCUGACCCGCUACCCGAAGUUAAACCGCCGCCGCGUCGCACUCGCGGUGGACGACAGCCCAAAUGCGAUGCGCGCCGUGCGGUUCGCCGCCAGGGACAUCGUUGACGCCGAUUCCGACGCGGUUUUGAUAACGGCGGUUCACCCAGGCCAAGGCAACCCUGGCAAAGAGGGCCAGCGUGUACUUGACCACCACAAGGCACAGCUUCUGAGGUGCGGACUCGCGGAGUCGCGCAUAUCAACGAUCACGGUCAAGUGCAAGGACCGGGAGUCCAUCGGUGAUGCGGUUUGCAAGACGGUCAAGCGGCAGAACUGCGACCACGUGGUCCUUGGAAGCAGGGGCCUUUCCAGCGUCCAGCAAAACGUGCUUCACCUCGUCGGGUUGGGGUCGGUCGGAGAACACGUCGCCCACCACGCGCACGUGCCCGUGACUAUCGUCCCGCCAAUAACCCCGGUGGAGGAGAUGAUCACAGUCCGAGGCGCGAGGGUCGGCGUGAAAAGGAAGAAGUGA